AUGAAUUUAUUGCUCGCCUUCGUUGUUGCUACAAAACACAGUUUAAAAGAAGAAGCUGGUAUCGACCAUGAAGAUCUUAAAGGACAUAUUCCUAAUAUCUUUAAUUUUCAACAAAAAGUUCAACCAUUGUCUGACAAAAUAGAUUUACCAGUUGAGAUAAUAACAUAUUUAAAUUUAUAUUAUAGCAGAAAAUGUCAUGAAAAGGAACUUGAUAGUAUACCAUUUGGCAUAAUUUCUGAAGUAUUAAGAGAUUUAACACAACUUUUUGGUACUAUGCAUACUAUUAGUGGUACACCAAUUCCUAUAACUUAUCAAAUUCACAUGUAA